CCACCCAAUUCUGAGCUUAAAUGAGCUUAGUUCAGUCGGUACAAAGAUACGAUAACGAAUUGUCACAAAGUUUCUCAAUACGCGAGUCGGUGAAAAACAAAAAACAUAAGCAAACGGAAAUCUUUAACAUUUUGCGUCGCAGCGGAAAGCAGUUUAGAAACUUUAAAUUUUCAGAAAAACCUUAAGAAUAUGCAGCGAUUCCGAAGACAACAUCUCAAUUCGCUCUCAGCACUUGUGGGACUUAUCUGCAUGGAUUUGAUUGGCACCGUAAGCGCCUAUAGCCAAGUAAGCACGGAUACUUACAGUGAAACCAUAGCUGGUGACGUUGUAGUUUAUCUCAAUUCAACAUUCUGGCGAUGUGAUCGAGUGUCCUGCCCGGCUGGCACCGAGCAAUGUUUGGUCACAAAGACAAACUCACCGUCUAUUCGUGGACAGCUAAUACGACAAAAUAUUUGUCUCUCCGCUGAAAAUCGGAAACUAAUUGAUGAGACUUUUACAGAAAAAAUCAAACCAAAUACGAAAAUUGACUUCAAGUUGAUUGUAACCAGCAGUGGCUCGUCUAUACUGCAAGGCCACUCGAAUUCCGUGUACUCAAGUGAGACCAUAUCAACUAAUGCGGCAGCGAAUGCUGAAAUAAUUAAUAAAAAUAUCGCAAGAGCUCUAAAACAAGCCGGCGAAGCGGUGCGCAAAAGUAUCCAAGAAGCGCAGAAAGAAAUUGUGGAGGCUUUCGGAAACGUUGGAUUUUGGAGGUAGAUGGCGAGGAGUGAAAAUGUGUUGUCUGAGUAGAUAUCACUUUUAUUGGCUGGAUAACUUACUUGAAAGGGUCUUUUCAACCAAAACAAAAAUAAAUGCUGUGAAUUUCAUAA